CUGUUUCGUCCGGUGCCUUAUUUAAACAGAAACGUCUUGCGUAGAAAACCCAGUAUCUGUAAAUACAGCAAUCGAUCUCAAAGUGAUACUAAGAAUGGCGGCCAUGGCAAAGCUCAUUUCUGCAUUGGCAAUCUUGCUCAGUGUUUUCACAUAUGUUAAUGGAUUCACAGCAUCUGGGUUCACUAGAGGUCACGCCACGUUCUAUGGAGGAAGUGAUGCGUCAGGAACUAUGGGUGGAGCUUGUGGAUAUGGGAAUCUGUACUCGGCAGGGUAUGGGACUAGGACUGCUGCUUUGAGUACUGCUUUGUUCAACGAUGGAGGUUCAUGCGGGCAAUGCUAUAGGAUCAUCUGUGAUUAUGCAUCAGAUUCAAAAUGGUGCAUUAAGGGAGCAUCUGUGACUAUUACAGCAACCAACUUUUGUCCUCCUAAUUAUGAUCUUCCUAGCAACAAUGGAGGCUGGUGCAAUCCGCCUCUUCAGCAUUUUGACAUGGCUCAACCCGCUUGGGAGAAGAUUGGAAUCUACAAGGGUGGCAUCGUCCCCGUCUUGUUCCAAAGGGUUCCAUGUAAGAAGCAUGGAGGAGUAAGGUUCGCCAUUAAUGGGAGGGACUACUUUGAGCUUGUUCUGAUUAGCAAUAUGGGAGGAGCAGGAUCUAUUAAAUCUGCCUACAUUAAAGGCUCGAAAACCGGUUGGAUGGCAAUGUCAAGAAAUUGGGGAGCAAACUGGCAGUCCAAUGCCUACCUCAAUGGCCAAUCUCUGUCCUUCAAAGUCACCACAACCGACGGAGUAACUAAACUGUUUACAAACAUUGUUCCCUCAAGUUGGAAAUUUGGCCAAACCUUCUCCAGUUUAGUACAGUUUUCUUAA